CCUCCGCUUUUGCUGCGAAGUCCCACCACUAUCCCCUUCUAAGAAAUGAACUUCCCUUCGAACCCUAACCCUAGUUUCACGGAACUCGACUUCCAUCUCGAUUUUUACAGCGUUUCGGAUAUUUUACUGAUGAUGGAAGACGACGAAAGCAACCGCGAGGGCUCACCCUCAUCCACAUGGAGUGCAAACUCGUCGGAGAAAGUCACUCCCGACGGCACAAGUCCACCGACAAGCGUGGCUACGUCGUUUGUGAGCCAUGACAUUGGAGAGAGAGAGGAGAGGAAGAAGAGGAGACAGGGAAAUGCGCCGAUCCACGUGUUCAGGACGAAAUCGAUUGAUGAAGACAUGUUGGAUGAUGGGUAUAAAUGGAGGAAAUAUGGCAAGAAACCGAUUAGGGGAAGCCCUUAUCCGAGGCAUUAUCACAGGUGUUCGAACCCAAAUUGCGUAGUGAAGAAGAAGAUAGAAAGAGAUAUUGGAGAUCCGGAUUAUGUCCUGACAACGUACGAAGGAAAACACAACCAUGGAAGCCCUUCCGUGGUGUACUGCGAGCCUGACGAGAUCGAGUUCAUGUCUCGAAAUGGUUGGUGCUUUCAGAACAACUCCAAUCUCUCUCGCUCUGCUCCAUGACCAAUGAUCAUACAUGCCUGUGAAUAUAGAUCUAUACAUGUUUUCGUUGCGUGUGUAUAUAUAUUGUAUGAUCAUUAGCGUAUAUAUCCCUCAGUCGUCGUCAUAAUCUAGACGUUACCACGAAAUGAUAUGUAAAUGUACAUGUACAUGUAGUUGUUAGGGUGAAUGUGUUGGUUUGUUUGUGGGAGGUGGUAUCAUAAAU